CUCCUGCAGGCGGAGGCUAGCCUUUGCGGCUAUGAGGCCCUUCGGACACGCUGUCUCUCGCUCCUUCUUUCUGCCGCGUUGCAGCACAUGCGACACACAGAAGACUUAUUGCUGGAGCGGCUCAAGGAGAAGCAGGCGCAGCAGCAGCAGCAAGAGCAGCAGCAGGAAGAAGAGAGUCUCGAUCUUUCGGUGCUUCAUGUGCAGUUUGAGGUCCUGAUGGCAGCUACAAGGCCUGUUAUGCAAAUUCUCACGGAGCGGCAGGCUAGAGGAUGCAGUGACGCCUACCUCAGAACGCUCGAGCAGCUAAGGGAGCAGUACUGUGCCAUGCGGCUGCGGCUGCUCCUCCCGUCCCUCAAAAAACACUUGCAGGGUGCCCUAAGGUUCCUGUUGGAGAGUCUAGCCACAGCGACGUAUGAUGAACUGUUCCCGGCAGUCCUGGCAUGCAGCAGCGUCGAAGAGCUUUGCGAUAUCCGCGAGACCUUGUUGCUUGAGAUAGCGGCUGCGCAAGAGGCCUCUGCGGAUGCAUCUCCGCUGCUGCAAAAAUUGUAUCAACUCACUAUCGACGUGCAAGAACGGCUCUUCUUCCGUCUGGAGGUAACUGUUGAUGCGGAGAUUUCUCGCUACGCCGUCAAUCCGCAGGAGCUCUCGAAGGAAUGGAUAUUACAGCAGACAUAUCCGCCAGUUCGCAGGGCCCUUCACCUGGUGUUGCUGCUGCUGCAGCGCAGCAGCAGGAGCCGGGAGAGUGGCGGCUCAUCUGCGGCUGCAGCGGCAGGAGACCCCUUCGAUGCCGCCUGCAGCGACGUGCUGGCUGCCUGUCUCGUUUCUCUCGACGCUGCCGCUCGCAGUGUGGGGGCAGCCCGUCUGCCUCUCUUCAGUGAGCCAACGGGGAAAGCGGCGUGUGCGGCAGCGACUUUGCCAGCCGCUCUCUCGGCUCCUCCAAGCAACGUCGAGGUCUCAUUGAUGGUCAGCUUGUUCCUCAUCAAGAACCUAACUCUCCUCCACGACAUCUUGAGUUCUUAUGAAAGUCGCUUUGUCCGAAGCGAACGGCAGCUUGCCUUUCCCGGGGUAGCUGGCUCCUUCUUCCAGCUGCUGCGUCUUGCGGGAGCAGCGGCUCCCCGCAACACCGCUUCCGCCGGCACAGCUCCCUCCAUCCCCGCAGAUGAAGGCUUUUUCGCAUUUCUUUUGCCAAGGGUCUCUGAAACUACCUUCAAUGCUGCGGCUGCUAUCCACGAAAUGCUCGCCACUGCGUGCAACGACUUUGUGGCUGCCGCUGUCGCUCUCAAGACUUUACGAGAGCGUCUCGAGGCGUUCGCGGCGGCGAGUCGGGCAGUGCUGCCUCCUUUGGUGGGGUUGUUGUUGCCUGCUUUGACGCCUGAGUACUUCUCGGAGGAGGGGGCCCUUCUCUUCACGGGAGCAGCGGGGCGAGGCUCCCAAACGUCUCAAGAAGAGGAGGCCCUUACAAACGUCGAUUUCUUACUCAGACCUGUUGUAGAGGGGAUCCUCUCCAAGAUCAGGGAAGUGGAUGAUUUGCUGCAAAAGGAGGCUAAGCUGGACAGCGCUACCCUUCUGGCGGUGGGGUGGAGCCUGGACUAUGCUGAGAAGGAGAAAGAAAUAAGGGAGCUGGUGCGCGAGGCAGCAUACGAGGCCUUUGCUGCUGCUAAGAGACACAGUGCAGCGGAGAAGCUCGGGCAGCUAGAGAGUCUUCCCGCGCCGCAGUCAGGUGUAGGAGAAGCGGCAGAAACGCUCUGUAGGCCUUCGGAAUCCUGA